ACCAAGCGCUGACGCGGAAGUGUCUAACGCGGAAGCAACAGAGACUCCCUUUUUAUUGUUUGACGCAUGCAUUUGCACUUCGGGCACUUCUUAUAACGUGAAUACAGAUAUUAAAACUCCAGGCGUUUACAUCAUUAUAUAAUAACAGACAGAGGUGUGUGUGUGCGUGGUGUACAGGUAUGUGGACCGGCGGAGAAGCAGUGUUACGAGCCGUGCAGACGCCGCUGCUGUGGCUCGGUGCCCUGACCGCGGCCUGGCUGUCCGUGUGCUCCGUGUGCCGGCUGCUCUCCGGGAUCAGGGUGUGGGUGCUGGGCAACGGACGGCUCGUGUCCCCCACCAAACUGGGAAAAUGGGCAGUUGUGACAGGAGCCACAGAUGGGAUUGGGAAAGCUUAUGCAGAGGAGCUUGCCCGCAGAGGCUUUGCCAUUGUGCUGAUCAGCCGCUCUCAGGAGAAGCUGGAUGACGUAUCCAAGGCGAUCGCAAGCAAAUGUGGUGUGGAGACCAAAACGAUUGCAGCUGACUUUAGCGCUGUAGAUAUCUACUCUAAGAUUGAAGACGGACUUGCAGGACUGGAGAUUGGAGCAUUGGUGAACAAUGUUGGAAUAUCCUAUUCAUACCCGGAAUUCUUCCUCAACGUCCCCAAUCUUGACACUUUCAUCGACACCAUGGUCAACAUUAACAUAACAUCAGUGUGCCAGAUGACGCGUCUUGUUUUACCUCGUAUGGUGGAGAGGCAGAGGGGGGCCAUCCUCAACAUCUCAUCUGCCAGUGGGAUGUACCCUGUUCCCCUUCUUACUGUCUACUCUGCCUCCAAGGCAUUUGUGGACUUCUUUUCACGAGGACUGCAAGCUGAAUACAAGAGCAAAGGCAUCAUCAUCCAGAGUGUUCUGCCAUUUUUUGUUGCAACCAAGCUGAGUAAAAUUCGGCGGGCUACGCUGGACAAGCCCAGUCCAGAGCGCUACGUUUCAGCUGAGCUCAACACCGUGGGGCUACAGACCCAGACCAAUGGCUACCUGCCCCAUGCCAUUAUGGUAAGUCUGGGGCUGGGUGACUACAGCUCUGCUCCCGGCCAAGAUCCUCAACAGCCACGUGAUGGCCAUGGGUUUGUCCCAGCGCGCUCGUUACCUUAAGAAGCAGAAGCAGGGUUAGAUGGAUCUGCUGUGGCAGCAGACAGACAGAGGGGACCAGCUGUGCUAACGACGCGUCCCACUACCAUCAUAACGGACCUAGAAGAGAAAAUGUGAAUUUUGGGCAACCUCUCUCGUUUCCCUCCCAGUCAUAGAUGAUGCGAGGCAGCAUCUGGCCACAUUUGACGUUAACAUGUAUUCUAUCCAAACAGUUAUGUGAAAAAAAACAAAGAAAAAACAAAGUGGUGCUCUUCAUCAAGUGAACAGCUUUAAUGAAUACUAGUGUGGAAAACUAAAAACGAUUCCCAAAACUAUCCAAAACGUCUGCAAAACAUGAUUGAAAAUGGAGCCUAGAUGAUGAGGGAAGGAUACAGAUCAUUUGGAUGUAGAUUUGUACAUGUGGGUGUAUGUUUGGGCCUCCUGUGAGUAUGUGGACCAGCUUUUAGCGAUGUUGACUACUGUAUUACAGCACUGGAUAUGGUUCUUACUUACUGUUAACACUAAGCAAUUUUUAUUAAGAUUUGAAAAAAAAUGUUUUUUUUGUGACAUUAAUAGCUUCCUUCCUCAUUCUUCCUCACCUUUUCAUUUAAUAUCCGUUUCAGAGCAAUCAGAGUUUUUUGUCACUAUUUCCGAUGUUUAUAUUUUCUCAAUAAUGUUUGUGAAGGCGACCGCAUGUUUAAUUUCAAACCAAACCACAUUUCAUCUGUAAAAAAAAAUGAUGGAGGAGGCUCUGUAGAUGAAUAACCGGCACAGAGGGAAAAAUGUUGGCAGAAUAUGAAAAUGGGUGUUUUGUUUACAAACUUAAGUUGAUUUCCAAAUCCAUUCUUUUCGACUGUGGUUAUUGUUUGGCACGACUUUAUAUACUGAAAUUCUUCAAAUUCUCUCAGAAAUACACCUGAUCCUGGUAUGGUUUGUUUGUUUGUGUCUGUAAGUGUGCCACAUUACUAACAAUAUUUUCCCCUGUAUUGUUGGCUUUACUAAAAUAUUAAACCAAACCAAAAGUUGAGACAAACCAUUAACCUAGUGUAAACUGCUGCAUUUCUUUGACUUUCUCUUUUGAAAACUACAUGUAUGUUGAGUUUGCUCAUACAGUAGAGGCUAAUGUUGUCGUUGGUUUGCUCAGAUAUCAGCUUUCACUUCCCAUUUCACUCUUAAUAACUCUAUAGGUGCAGAAGCAGGGGACCAACUUGAGUUCUAAGUGCUUUGCUCAAGGGUAAAUGCAUUAGGUAUUAAGCAUGUUCCUAACACCUGGGAUGCAUUUAGUUUGGGGUGAAAGCAGAGCACACCAGAACCCCUGGAGAACUACAAUGCAUUUGUCCUUCCAGCCAUCAAUAAAUAUCGGUUCAAAUAA